UCAGAGCGGGGAACGUUCGACGCAAUGCCUGUUUGCGGUGUUUUGCGUUCUGUGUUGUCGGUUUCAUUCAGUGCAAUAGUAAUUUUUCUUCUGCAAAAUUUCAACGUCUUGAAAGUGCAAGCCUCCCUUCCACCGGGAGCUGAGGAUGAAAUAAUUGUAAUCGAGCACCUGCCAGGACGUCGAGUGCAUCUGCAAGAUUUCUUUUGGACAGAUGCUGAAGAUGCUCCAUCGUGGAUAGAUUUAAACCGUGCAUUUCAUGAUACCAGGACAAUUCUUCGCACAGUUACGCUCUACUUGCCUGUGGAGGAGGAGAACUAUGAACCCCAUCAAUCCGAACCUCAUACACCACAAUGUACCACUUGUAUCAAACCAACUCCUACAUUGGAUGAUAGAGAGGAUAAAAAUAUUGGCAUCUUAGUUGGGGAUGAUCCUGGACCAAGAUACUGGUUGCUAACAGUUCUUCGCGCUGGUGAAACUGUACCGCCUAACAUCGAGUUAAAAUUAGCGCGUUUAUAUCGAACUGCAUUCUCAAGACAUCAGAAACAUCACCUGGGUCUUUUACAGACGAUUCCGCUAGUUCAAAGAGACAUAGGAAAACGAAUGCUCGUUAAAAGCAAGGUUUCUCCCAACAAUCAUCCAACAUCCAAAAAGCAAGUGUUGAAUGACAUCGAAGAGUUGAAAGAAAAUAAACAUUUGGAUUUGCACUUACUCAAUUAUUCUGCAGAGGAGACUGUUCAAGUUAGAAUGCAAAAUACAAGUGUGACCGAAAGUGGCUCCACAAGGUUGAUUUACUCCGUCCACUUGGGUGGAAAACCUGUACCUGCUGAAAUAGCUGCCAAAGACAUGGCUCUUUUGUCGCCUCAGGAAGUUGCGCUAGAACUUGGUGCGCCAGUCCUUAUUCAGAGUGAACCAUAUAUAAAAGAAUCUCGACCAUUGGCACUGUCAAGAAAAAGAGAUGCAUGGCUGCUGGUUGGUGCAGCAAGUGCUGGCUUUGUUCUUUUGGCCGUUGUUCUUGCGGUAUUAAUUUUUACUGCGAGAAAGAAAAGGUCACACGGUGCAGUAACUGCACCACCAAACCAUGGUCUUCUAAAGAAAAGACAAUAUUAUGUACCGAAAUUAGCUGGUUCGAGCAACACUGCUUUAUCAACACCAGAAAUGGAAAUUAAGACGAACGAUAGCGAGAAACACACUUUGGAAAGUGUGCAGAGAUCUCCAAUUAGUCCUCAAACUCAUGACAGUUUUACUGGAGACAUUUACAAAGUUUCAAGCGAGAAGGAUGAUGAAACAAAAAGAAGAAUGGGAGAAGCAAGUACUUGGGAGCACUCUUCUAAAAAGAGAAGAUUGACGCACGGAAAGAUUUCAAGGACAAAUGCUAUAGAUGUGCCCAGACCUUCCAAUUCAAUCAACACGAUAGAUAAUUCAAAAACUCUUGAAUCUUUGGAAACCAGUUACACGAGACAAGAAGCCAUAGAAGAAGCUACCGCUUCACCACAUUCUUACCUUUCCAUGCCAUCUUGUAAACAGUUCCCCAAGUUGAAAAGUGUUGAACCUUUGUCUAGAGUUUUAGAACCUGUCAUGGUCAAUCAUUUAGACAUUGAUUCUCCAGAUCUACCUAGACGAGACAAUAAUGACAAUGAUACGGGUUUUUCGAGGAGUUUAAGCUCUACCAAGGAUCCUGGAGUUGUUGGUCCUAUAGUUUGGAACCUUCAAAAACAGAUAUUAUCUACUGAAGAUACAUCAGAAACCGAUGAUCCAAAUUACAUGACAUCGAAAACACCUGUUGGUCGAGCAAGAAGAAGGCUCAACGAACUCUUAGAAGAUUCCUUCAGUCUCUUCGGAACUCGAGAUCCAAAAUCAGAAAUACAAUCGUGUACACCGCGACCAGCUUCUGCUAUGUAUACACCAGAUGUUCUUACAAUCUUUUCAAAGACCAAAGGAAGGUCUUCUCAUAUUAGCUCUGCAUCCUCGCCAACAAUGGAAAUGAAGUCAAGUCUUGAUACGCUAUUGGCAGAAAAGCACUUCGAAGGAAACAUUAUGGAAAAUAGUCAUUCGGUGCCGAUUCAAUCUCACAGCACUUGGGGUACCAGACCGUUGAGUGCUGGUCCAUUUCACAGACCUAAUCUACCGAGUAUAAAUAAAAAAUCCAUACUGUUAGACUGUCAACUUCCACAAGAAGAUCCUGCGGUUCCAUUAAUUGCUUCGAUUAAGAAAGAACUUAAAAAAUUUUCGUCUCAAUAAUCGGGCUACAGAGAUACAAUAAACAAGAAAUUAAAAAUGAUUAUAUAUCAUACAAUAGAUACAAGAAAUGAUUUAAAACAGUACUAAUAUCAUGUUUGUAGUGACGUGUAAAUAUCUGACAAAUUUUUAUACUCAAUGGAAUACGUUCAUUUUAAAAAGUUGAACAAGUAAAUUUAUCAUAUAUAAAAUAUUAAUCUACAUCAUGUAUAUAUGUAUUCACACCAUCGUAAUUUAAUAUUUUAUACAAACUUUCAUUGAUAAAAUAAUGUUGAUAUCGUACGAAAAAUCACUGCUUCUAUUAUAGUAGAUAAUUAUAAAGACAAAAGAAUAAUUAUUUAAAAAUAUUAUGUAUCUCUUUACUAUAAUGUAUGUCUAUCUUAAAAUUAGUUACGCAAAAACAAUCAACUAUAUUACAUUAAUUGUUUCGUGUAUCGAUUCGUUAAAAAAUUUAUUAUAUCUUUCAUUCUUGUACAUAUCAUAAUUUGAUAUAAGCGAAUUGUUUA